GUUGGAGGCCCUUAUGGAAUGCCUUUGUCGUUUAUGUACUCGGCGGAAUUGCAUUUUUGGAUAGCGCAGCUUGCGGAGAAAGAGUUCCGAAUGAAAUUGGCGGGUCUGGAUAUCGAGGAAUAUAUGAUGAUGGGCGGUGGAGCAGGAGGAGCAUUAGGGAAAGAUGAAGUACUAGAGGCGGAGCGUUUAGAAUCUGUAUCUUCGGGAGGUGAAAGUGGAACUGGUGAGAAACUACAACAUCGAGAGCCACCCGUUGCAGAAGUGUCUGCUCCUGUGUUUUCAUCUGCUUCUCAAAACGAAAAGCUAGGGGGCUACGCAACCACGACUCAGGAUCCGCAACUGCCAG